AUGUCACCUACCGGACUGCAGGCUGGCCACCUCCGGCAGCAGGUCUACUACAACCUCGACAAUGACAUGCUCGACAAUGCCAACUUCCUCGCUGGUCGCCUCGUUGCUCUCGAGCCUCGGAACCGGGACAAUCAUCAUCUUCUUGCCCUCGCAUACCUACGCGCACAACGGUACAAGGCGGCACACGACUUCAGCCACAAAUAUGGCUACAAUGGGGCGCAUCUGGGCUGCGCAUACGUGCUUGCACAAGCAUGUCUGCAGCUGGGUCUACACAAAGAGGGCAUAGACGCACUUAAGAAGUGCGAAACUGCGUGGCGGGGCAAGAGCGAGUGGAAGGCGCAUUCAGAGACGUCGCGACGGCAUAUCCCAGAUGCGCCUGCUGUCUGGACGUUAUUAGGAAAGCUUCACAAUGCGAGGGGAGAUGCUCGCCACGCGGGAGACUGCUGGAUCGAGGCGCAUAAGAGCAACCCGCUUACGUGGGAUGCCUUCGAGGGUUUAUGCAAGAUACGGGCUGAUCUUAAGGUGCCGAACAUGUUCAAGGCCCUCAUGCUCAUGCCUGAUAUGGCAGAUCAGAAGCGGGGCGAGCCGCAGAUCUACGUCGAUGAGGAUACACGGCAGCCGCCUGUGACUCAGCCGAUGUUCGGAUCGCGAAAUGCACUUCAGCCUGCGGAUGAUCCUUUUACCACCAGGACAGACUCAGGACUGGACGUGCAAGAGCCGUUGGCGAGGAUGAAGGGCAGGUCUGCUCUCAACACCACAUACAGACCUAUCAUGUCAGAACUUGACACACCUGUAACAGGAGGAGGAAGCGUGCACGAUGAUGUGACAAUGGCCGAGAACCAAGACGACACCUUUCACGAGCCUCCGGCCGCGCCGUCUAGGAGACAGCGACCAGGACAGCAGUUUGAGACGUCAGACCGGCCCCGGCCGCCUAUGCUUAGAGGAGGUUCUGAGGUUCCAGAUGAUGUUCAGCAAGCACCACGGAAGAUGAUUGCAGGAGGGCAGAAACGGACGAUAUCUGGUGCCGCGUCGCAGCCUGCGGGUGAUUCAAGCCAGCCACGGAGAAGUGGGCGAUUGGGAACACAGACAUCUACUACACGAACGACACGAUCAUCCGCAGAAGUGUCAGCAUCGACAGUAGGCCGGGCUGAUAGGCUGGCUCGGACAGCCAAACCCGCGACCGGCGCGAAAGGUAGGACCGGUGCGAGUGAGCGGGGUGCAGGACGGGUGGUCAGUGGCAACAGAAAAGUCCUACCCCCCGCCGACGACAAAGAGAAAGAGAAGCGCACCACAAGCCGCGCCAAUGAGAGGACUGCCGCACCAGGAGUCACAUCUGCCAUUGCGCUGGCGCAGAAGCACAUCCAGGCCCAGCCAUCUGUGCCCAGCGAAGACUUACGAGCACAACAUGAUGCCAUGAGUGGCCUGCUGGACAACUUCAGGAAACUUGCAGUCGGCUCGUAUGCCAUCUUCCCAAGAUUCAGGUCCGAUGAAGCGAUCGAAGUCUUCAAUUCGCUAGAAGGUUCGCAGAAGGACACGCCUUGGGUCUUGUCACAGCUUGGCAAAGCUUACUACGAAGCUGCACAGUAUUCGGAUGCCGAGGACUGCUAUGGACGCCUUCUGAAGCUGCAGCCAUCUCGGAUCGAGGAUAUGGAGAUCUAUUCGACAGUACUCUGGCACCAGAAGAAGGAGGUAUCACUGGCAUUCCUCUCACGCGCACUUCAUGAUACUCAUUUCGAUGCACCACAGACGUGGGUCGCACUUGGCAACUCAUAUUCGCUUGCUCGCGAGCACGAUAUGGCCAUUUCCGCUUUCAAACGUGCGACACAACUGGACGAGGGCUUUACCUACGCUCACACUCUGGUGGGUCACGAAUACAUGGCGAACGAAGACUACAGCGCCGCACAGGAGUCCUUCCGCAUCGCUAUCAGACAGGAGCCAAAGGGCUACGGUGGCUGGUAUGGUCUUGGAAAGUGUUACGAGAAGAUGGGUGUGCUCGAAAAAGCCGAGCAGCACUACAAGCAGGCAGCAGUCAUCAACUCCUCGAACAGCACAUUACAAGUGUGCAUCGGCGUGGUCUUGGAACGCCUUCGUAACAAGGAAGCUGCAUUGCUUGCGUACGACAAGGCAUUGGACAUGGCACCUGGCAGUGCGUUGGCACGAUUCAAGAAAGCGAGGGUUCUUAUGCAUCUUCGCGAUUACGAGUCUGCUUUGGGCGAGUUAAUAUACUUGAGCGAGGUGGCGAGUGAUGAGGCGAAUGUGCAUUUCUUGCUUGGAAAAUGCUACAAGGCGAUGGGCCAUCGAGCACUGGCGCUGAAGUCUUUCACUGAGGCGCUCAAUCUGGACGUAAAGGCUGCGCCAUUCAUCAAAGAAGAGAUCGAGAAACUCGAAGAAAACGUCGAUGAGAGCGACGAUGAGGAUUGA